AUUUUGCAAAUCUCUUGGCAUCAUAGUGCUGUAUGCAUCAUUGAAUAACUGAAGAACGAGAGUGGGACCCAUGUACAGAAUUCAGGAGAUUUUUAUAGUCUGUAAAAUUUUUAUUGCUUAAUGGAAAUUUGACUUUUCCACUAGUUUUUGAUACAGACACAGAGGAGGGAAGAGAAGAGACGAUGAAAGUGAGUUGCAUAGAAACAGGAAGAAAUUUCAUUCUUGUUGUGUUAGUGUUUGAUAUUUUCUCAUCGCUUUCUCUUGCUGCUGUUUCUCAAUCUUCACCGCAAUGCACAGCUUGGCUUGUCCAAUCAAUUCCUACCGAUUUGCUCCACCUCCCCCGUGUUUCUGGCGUCCUCUCUACAGCGGACGUGUUUCGGUGGUUGGCUGGGAACUCAUCCCAGACGUUGGACAUUACAACUCAGUACUGGCAGCUGAGAGCUCAACCUGAAAAUCCUCUUUCAGGGGAUUAUGGAUACUCCAAAGAUGAUUUGCAGAAUUUUGGUGCUCAUGAGGGUUAUGGUGUUUACAAAGCCCUAGAGAAUGCUGCUGAUCGCAAUGUCAAUAUCAGGUUGCUAUCACACUCAGGAAGAAACCCUUAUUAUACCUCGGAACCAGCCGAACUUGCUUCGGGGAGACCAAAUGUAAAGAAUGUGACUUUGUUACUUAGUGAAUGGUGGGAAAAAGGUUUAAUCCAUUCAAAGAUAUGGGUGUCGGAUAAUCGAGAUGUAUAUAUUGGAUCUGCGAACAUGGAGUGGAGAUCUCUUACUCAGGUGAAUGAACUUGGAAUCUAUCUUGUUGGUUGUCCAAUAAUUGCAAAACAGGUUGUGUCCUACUUUGACAACCUAUGGACACUUGCAUCCCUUAAUUCUCCAGAUUAUACAAAAAUCGUGUCAGAUCAAAAGUGGCAGAUUGAAAGAAAAGUUCCUUGCUGGUCCCGGUUCCUUGAUUCUCAAGUCAGGUGUAGGUCUCCUCUUCCUCCAUUCAUAGAAACUCCCCAUGUAGCAGGAUAUCCUGUGCUGUCAGAUCCUAAUAUGUUUAAAUUGCCAAUUCAGACUCCUGGAUGCAACUAUUUAUCAGCUUUUGAGCCUCAAUCCAGCUAUCUCUCUUUUGCUCCUCCAGAGCUGUUAUUUGGCAGUUACCAGGCUGAUGAACAGGCAUGGGUGGAGACUAUUAAAUCUGUUGGGAAAGGAGGGACUGUAAGGAUAAGUACCAUGGACUGGCUUGAUCAGUCCCAAUAUACCAAGCAAACAGUUUACUGGUCGACCCUAUCCUCUGCAGUAUCAGAGGUUGUGUUUGGAAAGCAUGCAACAGUGAAGAUACUGGUAGCAUACUGGGCACAUCUUUUCAACAACGCAGAUCAGUAUCUGAAUUCGCUCCUCUACUCGAACGUUCUUUGCUCUUCUUCAAAGCACAACAAAUGCACAGGGAAAGUAGAAAUCAAAUACUACAUCGUUCCGGGUUUCAACAUGACAGGACCAGCUAUAAAGGAUGGAGAAAAGACGGAAAACAGGUACCCUGCUCAUAGCAGGUUCUACCAUGCAAAAUAUGCAGUGAGUGAUGUCCGAGCUCAUAUUGGGUCCAGCAAUAUUAUAUGGGAUCAUUUUUAUUCAACAGCUGAUGUGAGCUUUGGUAUUUACGAUCCCGCCAUUGUUUCCCAACUUGAAGAAAUCUUUGAUGCUGACUGGAAUUCUCCCUAUGCAGUCCCAGUGGAAGAGGUGGUAGAGGGUGGUCCUCUGCAUUGUGUCGGAAGCUCCAUGUCGAUGAACAGUGUAUUGAAAUUGUAAUCCAUGCUACGAUGACUAUCAAUUUGUAUGCUUUGUAUUAUUUAUUAAAUAACUUCUUGCAACUCUAAUGCUAGUUGGAAAUAAAAUAAGCUUGAUAAGAUAAUGACCA